UGAUCAUUUUGUAACGCUGUAGUCUCAACUUCCGUUUAUUGAUCGUGAAUCAGAUUUGGGAUAUCUGUUUACUGUCACCACUAUCGAUGAGAAAUCGUACAGGCUGAUUCAGAGUCUGUUUUCUGCCCGGAAACCCCUCCACGCUACACGUUCACCAUGCCAACAGUGUCCGGUCGAUGAGAACACAAACAAGAUGGCGACGAAGAUUUAACAGAGGAAAUCUUUUCAUUCGGGAGAGAGAUCUAACUGCCAUCCUGGAAGUCAUCCACCGCCCUGUCCCUCUGUCAUUUGACUGGACUGUUGUGAGGACUUCGUCUACCAUCAUGUCUACCGCUGCAGUAGCAGACAGAGGUUCCGUCCGUCCAGUCAGGGGCCCCGGCGACGGCAUGGAGACAGACAAGCCCCCAGUCGCUAAGGAGAUCGGUGCCGUGGAUACGCCUCUGUCUUCGGUGCCACUACUUAAGGUAGCUAGUCCCAAACACAGUCCCAAGACGACGCACCCUGCCCCCGCCAGCCUCCACCACAGCCCCCACUCCACCCCCCAGCAGAGCCCCAGAGCCAGUCCCAGAGACACACCGUCUGGCCCCCGGUCCCCCGGCGUGCUCCACCUGGGGAAGGUUCCCCGGGAGGCCUGCAUGGUGGUGGAGGCGGUGAGGAUCGUUGUUCCCCGUGCCGCCAUCACCCGGAGUGGGGGUCCGGCUGAGGAGAAAGGAGAGGCCUGGGCUGGGCAGCAGAUGGAGGAGCGGCCCCCCUCUCCCUCCCCUCCUCUGGAGGACCUGAGAGGAGCCAUGGAGAAGCUGCAGAACUCAGAGAGAAGACUGAUGCAGGACAAGGAGGGGCUCCUCAACCAGCUCCACGUGCAGACUGAGGUGAACAGAGAGUUGAAGAAGCUGCUGGUCGCCUCUGUAGGUGAUGACCUGCAGUACCACUUUGAGCGUCUGGCCAGAGAGAAGAACCAGCUGAUCUUAGAGAACGAGGCUUUGGGUCGCAGCCGGGCCUCCGCAGCAGAACAGCUGGAACGCAUGUCUAUACAAUGUGACGUCUGGAGGAGCAAGUUCCUGGCGUCCAGAGUGAUGGCGGAGGAGCUGACCAAUGCCAGGGUUUCUCUCCAGCACCAGACCAGAGAGGCUCAGAGCGCCAUCACAGACCUGCUGAGUGAGAGAGACGAGUUCUCCAGAGACAUGAUGUUAACCCACAGGUCUCUGGAGCAGCUGCUGGUCUCUCUCCAGUGGGGUCGACAGCAGACCUACUACCCCAGUGCCCAGCCACUCAGCACGGGAGAACUAGCUCUGGCCAAUCGCAAGCUGGCAGAAGCCAUCAACUCCCGCCUGCUGGGUAAGGUAGAGAGCUGCAGUGGAGCCGUGCUGGGGAAAGGAAGACAAGCCUCGGAGCUCCCUAACACCUCACACACGCCUGCUGAGAAGAUGGCCGAGAAGGUGUUGAAGAUCCUGGACCCUAUUUCCUGUUCCGACAACGAGGAAGAAUCCUCCCCCCUCUCUCUCUCUGACUCCUCCUCCUCGGCCUUCCUGACCAAUAAGAAGAGCAUCGGCCGGUUCCACCCUUACACGCGCUAUGAGAACAUUACCUUCAACUGCUGCGAGCGCUGCAGCGGAGACAUCCUGGUACUCUAGGGGUCAGAGGGCAGGGGUCGUGACCUUUAACCUGGACAGGUCAACGCAGGCCGCUGUGAGGAACACCAGUCUCUCUCCGUCGAACCGUCUGGUUUCACAGCGGCCUCAGAACGGGACUUGACUGGAAGUAUGGCAGAAGCGGACGAAACAACCGCUGGUUUUAAUUGGCUGAUCUCUCAGUCCAUCACUGUCUCAUAACCCUUAGAACCUCCCACUACGUUGUGGGCUUCAGAACGUGAUUUAAACAAGGAAGUGAUUUAAACAAGGAAGUGAUUUAAACAAGGAAGUGAUUUAAACAAGGAAGUGAUUUAAACAAGGAAGUGAGUUCGGAAAAUCUGAAAGUACUCAUCUUAGAAUCGAUUUGGGCUUCCCCAAAAUAAUAUGGUCAAAAUGAUAUAACACGUGUCAAAGUCAUUCCGCGGACGGCCGAGUGUCUGUGGGUUUUUGAUCCUUCCCUGUACUUGACUGAUGAAUUGAGGUCACUAAUUUAGAAGGAACUGCCCUCACCUGGUUGUCUAGGUUACUCAUUUAGAAGGAACUCCCCUCACCUGGUUGUCUAGGUUACUAAUUAGUAAGGAACUGCCCUCACCUGGUUAUCUGGGUUACUAAUUAGUAAGGAACUCCCCUCACCUGGUUGUCUAAGUUACUAAUUAGCAAGGAACUGCCCUCACCUGGUUGUCUGGGUUACUAAUUAGGAAGGAACUCCCCUCACCUGGUUGUCAAGGUUACUAAUUAGGAAGGAACUCCCCUCACUUGGUUGUCUAGGUUACUAAUUAGUAAGGAACUCCCCUCACCUGGUUGUCUAGGUUACUAAUUAGUAAGGAACUCCCCUCACCUGGUUGUCUAGGUUACUAAUUAGUAAGGAACUCCCCUCACCUGGUUGUCUGGGUUACUAAUUAGUAAGGAACUCCCCUCACCUGGUUGUCUAACUCUUUGAGAGAAGGUUACACCAGACCUGACAUUAGACGGUCAUUCAUAAGGGAGGGAGAUGAGGAAAGGAAACAUUUUAAGACUGUUGGGACUAGCUUUUAGCUAGUGAGUCAUGACGUCAUGAUGCCCUCAGUGUUAGAGACAGCAUCUAUUGAGAGAACCCUGCUGAAGACUAGUGAGUCAUGAUGUCAUGAUGCCCUCAGUGUUAGAGACAGCAUCUAUUGAGAGAACCCUGCUGAAGACUAGUGAGUCAUGAUGUCAUGAUGACCUCAGUGUUAGAGACAGCAUCUAUUGAGAGAACACUGCUGAAGACUAGUGAGUCAUGACGUCAUGAUGCCCUCAGUGUUAGAGACAGCAUCUAUUUAGAGAACCCUGCUGAAGACUAGUGAGUCAUGACGUCAUGAUGCCCUCAGUGUUAGAGACAGCAUCUAUUGAGAGAACACUGCUAAAGACUUGAACUCAGGCUAAGGUGCUAUUUAUCAAAAUAAAUAUAAUGUAUAUAGAAAAACACUCCUCAAUGAUGUUAUUAUUAUUUUUAAACCUUUAUUUAACUAGGCAAGUCAAAUUCUUAUUUACAAUGACGGCCUACCUGGGCAGAACGACAGAUUUUUACCUUGUUCAGCUUGGGGAUUCGAUCCAUCAACCUUUCGGUUACUGGCCCAACGCUCUAACCACUAGGCUACCUGCCACCUCUACACUCUAACCACUAGGCUACCUGCCACCUCUACACUCUAACCACUAGGCUUCCUGCCGCCCCUCCACUCUAACCACUAGGCUACCUGCCUCCCCUCCCCUCUAACCACUAGGCUUCCUGCCGCCCCUCCACUCUAACCACUAGGCUUCCUGCCGCCCCUCCACUCUAACCACUAGGCUUCCUGCCGCCCCUCCACUCUAACCACUAGGCUUCCUGCCGCCCCUCCACUCUAACCACUAGGCUUCCUGCCGCCCCAGCAGUAUGAUUCACCAUCAGGUUUUUAUUCUGUGUUAUAUUUAUUAAAUUGAUCUGAUGACUAUUGUAGAUGUGGAGAAACAGGAGAGGCAGGACUAUGGUCAGAGGUUGUUGCAGACAGACAGACAGACAGACAGGUUGUAGAUGUGGAGAAACAGGAGAGGCAGGACUAUGGUCAGAGGUUGUUGCAGACAGACAGACAGGUUGUAGAUGUGGAGAAACAGGAGAGGCAGGACUAUGGUCAGAGGUUGUUACAGACAGACAGGUUGUAGAUGUGGAGAAACAGGAGAGGCAGGACUAUGGUCAGAGGUUGUUGCAGACAGACAGACAGACAGACAGGUUGUAGAUGUGGAGAAACAGGAGAGGCAGGACUAUGGUCAGAGGUUGUUACAGACAGACAGACAGACAGACAGACAGGUUGUAGAUGUGGAGAAACAGGAGAGGCAGGACUAUGGUCAGAGGUUGUUGCAGACAGACAGGUUGUAGAUGUGGAGAAACAGGAGAGGCAGGACUAUGGUCAGAGGUUGUUGCAGACAGACAGACAGACAGGUUGUAGAUGUGGAGAAACAGGAGAGGCAGGACUAUGGUCAGAGGUUGUUGCAGACAGACAGGUUGUAGAUGUGGAGAAACAGGAGAGGCAGGACUAUGGUCAGAGGUUGUUGCAGACAGACAGACAGACAGACAGGUUGUAGAUGUGGAGAAACAGGAGAGGCAGGACUAUGGUCAGAGGUUGUUGCAGACAGACAGACAGGUUGUAGUUGUGGAGAAACAGGAGAGGCAGGACUAUGGUCAGAGGUUGUUGCAGACAGACAGACAGACAGACAGGUUGUAGAUGUGGAGAAACAGGAGAGGCAGGACUAUGGUCAGAGGUUGUUGCAGACAGACAGACAGACAGGUUGUAGAUGUGGAGAAACAGGAGAGGCAGGACUAUGGUCAGAGGUUGUUGCAGACAGACAGACAGACAGACAGGUUGUAGAUGUGGAGAAACAGGAGAGGCAGGACUAUGGUCAGAGGUUGUUGCAGACAGACAGACAGGUUGUAGAUGUGGAGAAACAGGAGAGGCAGGACUAUGGUCAGAAGUUGUUGCAGACAGACAGACAGGUUUUUAGUUGAAAGGUAAAAAGGUUCCCUACGUAUUCAAAGGUAUUUCUGUUCUGUUUGAAUCGGGAUCCUUUGAAGUGGGGAAGUUACACAAAGAUGUUGCUGUAUUGGCAGUUUGCACUGGGAUGAGGCAGAAAGGCAUUGUAUCUGCUGUCCAGGGAGAUUUGAUCAGAAAUCAUCUGAUACCCAAUGAUAUUAGAUCUAUAUUUGUGUGGAAAGGUUAAAGUGCCUUCAGGAAGUGUUCACACCCCUUGACUUUGUCCACAUGUUGUUGUUGUUACAGUCUGAAUUUAAAAUUGAUUACAUUUAAUUUUUUUGUCACUGUCCUACACACAAUACUCUAUAAUGUCAACGUGGAAUUAUGUUUUCAGAAAAUGUUUACAAAUUAAUAAAAAAAUUAAAAGCUGAAAUGUCGAGUCAAUAAGGGAAAUGGGGGAUACCUAGUCAGCUGUCCAACUGAAUGCAUUCAACUGAAAUGUGUUUUCUGCAUUUAACCCAACCCUUCUGAAUCAGAGAGGUGCGGGGGGGGCUGCCGUAAUCGACAUCCACGUCUUUGGCCCCCGGGGUACAGUGGGUUAACUGCCUUGCUCAGGGCCCCAGGGAACAGUGGGUUAACUGCCUUGCUCAGGGCCCCGAGGAACAGUGGGUUAACUGCCUUGCUCAGGGCCCCAGGGAACAGUGGGUUAACUGCCUUGCUCAGGGCCCCGGGGAACAGUGGGUUAACUGCCUUGCUCAGGGCCCCGGGGAACAGUGGGUUAACUGCCUUGCUCAGGGCCCCGGGGAACAGUGGGUUAACUACCUUGCUCAGGGCCCCGGGGAACAGUGGGUUAACUGCCUUGCUCAGGGGCAGAACGACAGAUUUUUACCUUGUCAGCUCUGGGGAUUCAAUCCAGCAACCUUUCAGUUACUGGCUGGACUAUUCAACCCCUUCGUUGUGGCUUAAAUAAGUUCAGGAGUAAGAGUGUGCUUAACAAGUCACAUAAGUUGCACGGACUCUCACUGUGUGCAAUAAUAGUGUUUAACAUGAUUUUCUAAUGACUACCUCAUCUCUGUAUUAUCGUAAGAUUCCUCAGUCGAGCAGUGAAUUUCAAACACAGAUUCAACCACAAAGACCAGGGAGGUUUUCCAAUGCCUCGCAAAGAAGGUCACCUAUUGGUAGAUGGGUAAAAAUGGAAUAUCCCUUUGAGCGUGGUGAAGUUAUUAAUUACACUUUGGAUGGUGUAUCAAUACACCCAGUCACUACAAAGAGACAGGCGUCCUUCCUAACUCAGUUGCCAGAGAGGAAGGAAACCACUCAGUGAUUUCACCAUGAGACUUUAAAACAGUUACAGAGUUUAAUGACUGAUGGGAGAAAACUGAGGAUGGAUCAACAACAUUGUAGUUACUCCACAAUACGAACCUAAAUGACAGAGUGAAAAGAAGGAAGUCUGUACAGAAUAAAAAUAUUCCAAAACAUGCAUCCUGUUUGCAACAAGGCACUAAAGUAAUACUGCAAAAAAAUGUGGUAAAGAAAUCAACUUUUUGUCCUGAAUACAAAGUGUUGUGUUUGGGGAAAAUUCAAUACAACACAUUACAGAGUACCACUCUCCAUAGUUUUAAAGCAUAGUGGUGGCUGCUUCAUGUCAUGGGUAUGCUUGUAAUCGUUAAGGACUGGGGAGUUUUUCAGGAUAAAAAAGAAACGGACUGGAGCUAAGCACCGGAAGAAUCCUAGAGGAAAACCUGGUUCAGUCUGCUUUCCACCAGACACUGGGACAGGAGUUCACCUUCCAUCAGGACAGUAACCUAAAACACAAGGCCAAAUCUACACUGGAGUUACUUACCAAGAAGACAGUGAAUGUUCUUGAGUGGUCUAGUUACAGUUUUGACUUAAAUCAACUUCAAAAUCUAUGGAAAGACUUAAAAAUGGUUGCCUAGCAAUGAUCAACAACCAAUUUGACAGAGCUUGAAUAAUUUAGAAAAGAAAUAAUGGGCAAAUGUUGUACAAUCCAGGUGUGGAAAGAUCUUAAGAGACUUACCCAGAAAGACUAGCAGCUUUAAUCGCUGCCAAAGAUGCUUAUCCAAAGGUAUUGACCAUUAAGGUACUGACCAAACAUGUUUUCACUUUGUCAUUAUGGGGAAUUGUGUGUAGAUGGUUGAGAAUGAUUCACGCUCUGGUAAAUUGGUCGUUGAUCAUUGCUAGGCAACCGUUUUUAGGUCUUCCCAUAGAUGUUCAAGUAGAUUUAAGUCUAAACUAUUUACAUUUAAGUCAUUUAGCAGACGCUCUUAUCCAGAGCGACUUACAAAUUGGUGCAUUCACCUUAUGAUAUCCAGUGCAACAACCACUUUACAAUAUCCACUUUACACUUUACAAUAUCCACAUAUCCCUACCGGCCAAACCCUCCCUAACCCGGCGCUAAGCCAAUUGUGCGUCGCCCCACGGACCUCCCGGUCGCGGCCGGCUGCGGCAAAGCCUGGGCGUGAACCCAGAGACUCUGGUGGCGCAGCUAGCACUGCGAUGCAGUGCUCUAGACCACUGCGCCACCCGGGAGAACUAUCUAGUCAGGAACAUCCACUGUCUUGGCCACAACACGACAGUGUAGAGUUGACCUUGUGUUAAAGGUGUGUGAAUACAUAAGGUAUUUCAGCUGUUUCAUUUUCAACACAUUUGCAAAAAUUUCUAAACACAUUUUCACUUUGUCAUUAUUACAAGUAUUGUGUGUAGAUGGGGUGAGAAAAAAUAUAUAAAUUUAAUCCAUUUUGAAUUCAGGUCAAAAGGGUAUGAAUACUGUACUUUCUGAAGGCAGUAUCUUCCUGAUGAAGAGACUGAAAACAUUUCACUUCUAAGAAAACGUGUAAGUAGAUGAAAGUAUAAAUAAGAUUAAUGUUUUUUUUUUGUGUAACGGUUGUUGUCGUUGACCAUUUUCUCUUUGUAAAGAUUUUUUUCUAAAUUCCUUCAUGUCAGAGACCAAAAAUUAAAGAUUUGUUAAAUCUA